CCCAGGCUUUAGUCCCCUCUUUCCAUCCUUUCGCCCCGCUUGGAAAGGGACUGGAGAAAAAUUUGCCCCUCUUGUCUCCCGGGAAGACCCCCUUGUCUGUCAGUGUUUCGCGGGUGGAGGGUACUGGGAGGAGGCCUGGCGCGCUUUUGUGUUGGUUAAAUGCCCAGCAGUAUCUCCCAGACCCGCAACCCCCGACCCUCCAGUCUCCAUGUCUUAGAGAAGCCAAAUUCGAGAGUUAUAUAAUUUCUAGUGCUGCUGUUUCUCUUGACUGAGGAAACACUUCAUCGCGUGGAGGGUGCAGGACAUUUCAGUGCUCUCCUAUAUAAGAUCGGGGUGUGGGCAGGGGUGGCCAGCGGUGGCAGAGAGAUGUCUUGUAUUUUCUGCAAAAGGAAGGUGGGUAGUUCGGAGAGAGAUUGAGAGGGUGAAUGUGGAAGCCAAGCUGCUGCACUCUCAUUUAGUAAAUCGAGGACCGUUUGCACAGUUUAUGCUUGCAUGCCUAAUCCUACUACAACGUCUCUGAAAACACCUUUGGGGGAAAGGUUUGAUUUCUCCUCUCAAGCAGUCUCAGUGUUUUUCCUCGCCGGAUAGGGAGCUGCUUGGAUGCGAAGAGAUGGCAUGAUGUGAAUGACUCCAGUGUGAAGAAUCUGCUUCGCCAACUCAUCCUGCAUCAAGUGCCCAUUGAGUAGCACUGUCACUUUAAUGUCUCCAUGCCAAGGGAUUGCUUUCCUUCGUUUCAAUCCUCUCGGUUAAUACAUGGGAGGAUCAGAAUCAGAGGGGCAUUAAGGAUCAAGCCUUGGGGGCUUGGAGAGUGCAGAAGAAAAAAAUGAAAGUGACAGCAAGCUGGACCUGUUUUACCUGAGGGGAAGACUCGACCUGGAUUUCAAAACUGAAGGGUGAAGUGGUUUGCAACAGUUACCUGGCUCUUGGCCACAAUCCAGCUGGAUUAAGCAGACUUGAAAAGUGAUCUUGAAUUCCGUGGCAGAGGAGAGACCCAAGAAUGCCAGUGAAGAAGAAAGAUACUGACCGAGCUUUAUCAUUAUUGGAAGAAUACUGCAAAAAAUUAAGAAAACCAGAGGAGCAGCUGUUGAAAAAUGCUGUUAAAAAGGUGAUGAGUAUAUUUAAGAGCAGCUUAUUCCAAGCUUUGCUAGAUAUUCAAGAAUUUUAUGAAGUGACAUUACUUAAUUCUCAAAAAAGUUGUGAGCAAAAGAUCGAAGAAGCCAAUCAAGUUGUACAGAAAUGGGAGAAGACAUCUAUUCUUGCUCCAUGCCAUGAUAACCUUCAAAAGUCUGCAGAGCUUACAGGUUGGAGUGGAUCAAAGGAAAAUGCUUCAUGUAUUGAGCAAAAUAAAGAAAAUCAGUGUUUUGAGAAUGAAACUGAUGAAAAGUCAAGUCAAAACCAAGGCAAAUGCCCAGCCCCGAAUUGUUCAGUGGAAGCCCCUGCUUGGAUGCCUGUCCAUCACUGUUCUAAGUAUCGAUAUCAAGAUGAGGAUGCUCCACAUGAUCAUUCCUUGCCUCGGCUAACUCAUGAAGUAAGAGGUCCAGAACUCGUGCAUGUAUCAGAAAAGAACCUGUCCCAAAUAGAAAAUGUCCACGGAUACGUCUUACAGUCGCACAUUUCUCCCCUGAAGGCCAGCCCUGCUCCUAUAAUUGUCAACACAGAUACUUUGGACACAAUUCCUUAUGUCAAUGGGACAGAAAUUGAAUAUGAAUUUGAAGAAAUUACAUUGGAGAGGGGGAAUUCUGGACUGGGAUUCAGUAUUGCUGGAGGGACAGAUAAUCCCCACAUUGGAGAUGACCCUGGCAUAUUUAUUACGAAGAUUAUACCCGGAGGUGCUGCAGCAGAGGAUGGAAGACUCAGGGUCAAUGAUUGUAUCUUGAGGGUGAACGAAGUGGAUGUGUCAGAGGUUUCCCACAGUAAAGCAGUGGAAGCCCUAAAAGAAGCAGGGUCAAUUGUCCGGUUAUAUGUGCGUAGAAGACGACCCAUUUUAGAGACCGUUGUGGAAAUCAAGCUGUUCAAAGGGCCUAAAGGUUUAGGCUUCAGUAUUGCAGGAGGUGUGGGGAACCAGCACAUUCCUGGAGACAACAGCAUUUAUGUGACAAAAAUUAUAGAUGGUGGAGCUGCACAAAAAGAUGGAAGGUUGCAAGUAGGAGACAGACUACUAAUGGUAAACAACUACAGUUUAGAAGAAGUGACACAUGAAGAAGCAGUAGCAAUAUUGAAGAACACAUCUGAUGUAGUUUAUCUAAAAGUUGGCAAACCCACCACCAUUUAUAUGACUGAUCCUUAUGGUCCACCUGAUAUUACUCACUCUUAUUCUCCACCAAUGGAAAACCAUCUACUCUCUGGCAACAAUGGCACUUUAGAAUACAAAACCUCCCUGCCGCCCAUCUCUCCAGGAAGGUACUCGCCAAUUCCAAAGCACAUGCUUGUUGAAGAUGACUACACCAGGCCGCCGGAACCUGUUUACAGCACUGUGAACAAACUGUGUGAUAAGCCUGCUUCUCCCAGGCACUAUUCCCCUGUUGAGUGUGACAAAAGCUUCCUUCUCUCAACUCCCUACCCCCACUACCACCUAGGCCUGCUCCCUGACUCUGAGAUGACCAGUCAUUCCCAACACAGCACUGCGACCCGUCAGCCUUCAGUGACUCUCCAACGGGCCAUCUCCCUAGAAGGGGAGCCCCGCAAGGUGGUCCUGCACAAAGGCUCCACUGGCUUGGGCUUCAACAUCGUGGGCGGGGAGGAUGGAGAAGGUAUUUUUGUAUCUUUCAUUCUGGCGGGUGGACCAGCAGACCUGAGUGGGGAGCUUCAGAGAGGAGACCAGAUUCUGUCGGUGAAUGGCAUUGACCUCCGUGGAGCAUCUCAUGAACAGGCAGCUGCUGCAUUAAAGGGGGCUGGACAGACGGUGACCAUUAUAGCACAAUAUCAACCUGAAGAUUACGCUCGAUUUGAGGCCAAAAUCCAUGACCUACGAGAGCAGAUGAUGAACCACAGCAUGAGCUCCGGGUCUGGGUCCCUGCGAACCAAUCAGAAACGCUCCCUCUAUGUCAGAGCCAUGUUUGACUAUGACAAGAGCAAGGACAGUGGGCUGCCAAGUCAAGGACUUAGCUUUAAAUAUGGAGAUAUUCUCCAUGUUAUCAAUGCCUCUGACGAUGAGUGGUGGCAAGCCAGGAGAGUCACGCUGGAGGGAGACAGUGAGGAGAUGGGCGUCAUCCCCAGCAAACGGAGGGUGGAAAGAAAAGAACGUGCCCGAUUGAAGACAGUGAAGUUUAAUGCGAAACCUGGAGUGAUUGACUCAAAAGGGUCAUUCAAUGACAAGCGUAAAAAGAGCUUCAUCUUUUCACGAAAAUUCCCAUUCUACAAGAACAAGGAGCAGAGUGAGCAGGAAACCAGUGAUCCUGAACGAGGGCAAGAAGACCUCAUUCUUUCCUAUGAGCCUGUCACAAGGCAGGAAAUAAACUAUACCCGGCCAGUGAUAAUCCUGGGCCCCAUGAAGGAUCGAAUCAAUGACGACUUGAUAUCUGAGUUUCCUGAUAAAUUUGGCUCCUGUGUGCCUCAUACUACGAGGCCGAAGCGUGACUAUGAAGUGGAUGGGAGAGAUUAUCACUUUGUCAUUUCCAGAGAACAAAUGGAGAAAGAUAUCCAAGAGCACAAAUUUAUAGAGGCUGGCCAGUACAAUGACAAUUUAUAUGGAACCAGUGUGCAAUCUGUGAGAUUUGUAGCAGAAAGGGGCAAACACUGUAUCCUUGACGUAUCAGGAAAUGCUAUCAAGCGAUUACAAGUUGCCCAGCUCUAUCCCAUUGCCAUCUUCAUAAAGCCCAAGUCUCUGGAACCUCUGAUGGAGAUGAAUAAGCGUCUAACAGAGGAACAAGCCAAGAAAACCUAUGAUCGAGCAAUUAAGCUAGAACAAGAAUUUGGAGAAUAUUUUACAGCUAUUGUCCAAGGAGACACCUUAGAAGAUAUAUAUAACCAAUGCAAGCUUGUAAUUGAAGAGCAAUCUGGGCCUUUCAUCUGGAUUCCCUCAAAGGAAAAGUUAUAAAUUAGCUACUGCGCCUCUGAUGACAGAAGAGCAUUUAGAAGAACAAAAUAUAUAUAAUAUACUACUUGGAGGCUUUUAUGUUUUUGUUGCAUUUAUGUUUUUGCAGUCAAUGUGAAUUCUUAUGAAUGUACAACACAAACUGUGUGAAGCCAUGAAGGAAACGGAGGGGCCAAAGGGUGGGACAGAAAGGACACUGCAGAAUGCAGGAAGGCUUUGGUUUGCUCAAAGUACCAGGUGUAGGGAUGAACCUCUGACAGGCUUUCUGCCCAAGAGAUGGGCAGCCUCCUCACCCCAGCAGAUGUCCAGAGCUGAUUUAGCUGCUGAGCUCUCUGUGUUUUUUGCUUUAAAGAAAAGUUGCCAGCACUUGAACCUCACCAAUCUUCCCAUUACCCACAUCUGUAAUUGGUAUACUUCGAAUUUUAUAACUAUGCACAUCCUUUGAUUUCUUAACAAGCAAAAGAAAUAAAGAAGGAAAAAAAAAGGAGUCCCUCUGGA